AUGGCCUCGCUAGCCGAACUCGCUGCCCCUGUCGACGGUAGCGAGUUCCUCGACUUGGACGCUUGGUCCCGCCCCCUGGACGGCUGGGCCGUCAAGGAGAAGUUCUCUUGGCGGCUCCAGAGGAGGGACAAAGACGGGGCAACCGCCCCCCGACGACGAGCAAUGGAAUCCCCCGCGGCCGACCGCGAAAAGAGAGGGUUCGGAGGGAGGAUGCCCGGCGUCCUCGAGGACGCCGGGCUCGCCGGGAUCAUGGAGGACUUCUGCCGUUUGGGGCAGUCGUUGCCGCCGUGCCGGACUUGGUCCGCACACGCUGCGGCACCUGCGGCGAGCCUGGGCAUAAUGCCAGGACUUGCCGCAGGCCUCAUAAUUGACCCGUUCUCAUAUGAGAACAGGGGGGUUUACGGGGGGGUUUACAGCCCGUUCUCAUACGUGGGGAGUUUCUAGAUUGGGCUUGGGCGGGUCACGUGGGAUGGAACUGGGUAUAUAGAAUUUAUUUAUUGUUUUUACUGGGUACUCUCAAAUAAACUCCAGUACCACAACGGCGCGUUUAUAUAUAAAUAUGAUUAAUAUGUAACACAAAUAAACAAAUAAAUAUCAUAUAUCUGGG